AAGCGGAAGGAAUAUGGCAGUGAAAUCCCAGGCAGUUCUGCAGAAUGCGAACCCUUCACCUCCCCUCUAUCUCCUCUCCUGGAGAGCCUGCAAUUUCUGCAUGGCUUUCUUUUUUGCGCUCGCCGCCUAUGUGCAGAUUAAUGAUCCAGAUGCAGGAAUUUGGAUUGUUGCCUAUGUAAUCCCUGCUGCAUUGUCCCUUCUUGUUGGGUUCAAUCCACCAAUCACAGACAACUUCAUUUGGAGAAGUCUCUCAGAAUUGCAUAUGUACAUGUGUUCCAUGGUCGCAAUCCUGUGGGGCUGGUGGCUUCAUCGAGCUUCAAAGAAUAACAUUUUCCAAGAGGAGGAAGGACGGGAGUUUCUGGGAUUAAUUAUUAUUGUUAUAUGGACUCUUUUGUGUCGACAUUCAGGGAAGCACCUUGGUGGCUUCAGACUUUCCAUUGCGGUUCUCAUUACAGUCCUGCCAUUCAUAACAUGGCUAUAUUACUACAUCAAUAAAGAACUACGAGCAUCCUGGCCAGAUCACUGCAGGAACACCAUUUAAAAUGGAUAUAAACCAACCAGUGGACCAAGUGGAGGGCCUUGAACAAGGUUGAAAUGGAUUGAACCUAAAACUGAACAAAUGGGUUUUAUUUGUUCUUUAGGGCUGCCAGUCUGGCUGAUUUAGAUACACGAAAGAGAAUUACUUUUCUCUAUAUUGUACUUAAUUUAGUAUUAAUUAAAAGUUAAAUUAUGUUAAUUUUGUAAUGUAUGUGUCAAUUUGACAUCUCUGAAUCAGAAGGCUGCAAACUGAAACCACAUUUCUCAUCAGCAUUUAGUUUAUGUUGAAACAUUUUUGCAAUGAAGUUUUCAUUGCGUUAGCAGUUUGAGCUAAACACUAUUAUGUUUGAUAUAGUGAGCAGCAAUAAAUCUUAGAUCUCAAAAUUUCUAUCUGCAAUCAAUGUACAACAAUGGUUAGGAUCAUUUCAUAAUUGCUGGGUCUAACAAGCUCAUCCUUUAUGGCAGGUGUCAUAGAUCUAAUAGAAAGCAACAGGUUUGCUGUGGCUAAUGGAUUUUACACAAUUUUGUUUUGGAAGCAGUGUAUGUUUGUAUAUACAGCAUGGAGGGUAGGUCCAUCUGUAACAAUGUUAUUGUGAAUUAGUUAUUUUAAUUGAAGUCAGCAGUUUUAAAAUUUACUGUAGUAUGAGGAAACAACUCUUCACAAGCUUCCAGCCAAAAUAAACGUUGUUGACAUUGUUAUAUAAUGUCACUUCUUUUACACAGUCUUGUUGGUUACUGCAGUUGAGAUUCAUAACACAUUUGUGUUUGUCUCACCAAGUCUAAGUCACAUUGGAAAUCAUUUUAUUCAGUCAUUUCCACAAUUUGAACAGCUUUUGUCCCACCUAUGAAUUUACAUGAGUGAUAACUAAGGCUAGGCAUAGACCUACUCAAAUAUAAACUAAAGUGAAUUUAAAAUAUCUAGUUGAACACCUUUUGAAUUGGUAUUUUAAGUUCAUAUUUACUGCUUAUAAGCCUUGCUAGUCCUGAAAAACUGAUUUUUUAAAUUUACUAAAUGUUGAAUUUCUCGAUGAUGAUAAAAGUCAGAUUUUUCAUUUUUAUUAACUAAAUGUGUUGUACGUUUAAUCCUAUGUAUACGUUUUAAUUAUUUAUUUUGCCUUUUUGUGAAAUUUAAUUAAAAUUUAAAGAUCAUA